AUGUCAGGGAAAAAAUGCAAACAUUGUGGGUCUUCUGAAAUAGAAGUAGACCCCGCCAGGGGCGAUGCUGUUUGUACCAAUUGUGGCUCUGUGUUAGAAGAUAAUAUAAUUGUCGCUGAAGUUGAAUUUCAAGAAAAUGCUCAUGGUGGUGCUUCAGCUAUUGGACAGUUUGUAUCUGCCGAAUCCAAAGGAGGCGCAUCAGGUUUUGGCCGAGCCUUUAAUGCAGGUAUUGGACAGGAAUCUAGAGAAGUGACACUCAGAAAAGCAAGGGAUGGCAUUACUUCUUUAUGUCAACAACUUCGUCUCAACCAGCAGUGCAUUGAUAUAUCAUGCAAUUUUUUCAAAAUGGCUCUUAUGCGUCACCUUACUAUUGGUAGACAAUCUUCUUUAACACAAGCUGCCUGUGUUUACAUGACCUGCAGAACAGAGGGAACCCCUCAUCUGUUAAUAGAUGUAAGUGAUGCUUUACAAAUAUGCUGCUAUCAACUUGGUCGUACUUACUUCAAGCUAUCAAGAGCUUUAUGUAUCAAUAUUCCUCCAAAUGGUAAG